UGGGCUGCAGGGGCAGCGCAUACACUACAAUGGCUGCUGGAAAGAGGCGUAAGGAAACAAUUUCCAGGCCCGCCGCGUCCAGCCCGAAAUAUGAGAAAAAAAUUAUUAGAAAUUCCGCGGGCGGUGUAAAGGCGGCGGACGGGCCGGAGGGAGGAUGUUAAAGCCCCGCGGUUGGCCAAAAUGGGAAGGACUGGAUUCCGCUCUCUUCCACGAAGAGUCAAUGGGACUGGCUAAGAUCAAGGUCUGAGGCUUCGUCCAUCCAUCAUCAGUCCCUUUUUGCUUUCUUUUACGACCACAUGAAACUUGAGAAGCCACCUAAAGCUAAAUCAUUUAGUGGAGUUGGGCAGUUCCCAAGUGUCCAACAAGAAGGCCUGCUUUAGGCUGCGAUGGCCACUGUCAUUCCUGGUGAUUUGUCAGAAGUAAGAGAUACCCAGAAAGUCCCUUCAGGGAAACGUAAGCGUGGUGAAACCAAACCAAGAAAAAACUUUCCUUGCCAACUGUGUGACAAGGCCUUUAACAGUGUUGAGAAAUUAAAGGUGCACUCCUACUCUCACACAGGAGAGAGGCCCUACAAGUGCAUACAACAAGACUGCACGAAAGCCUUUGUUUCUAAGUACAAAUUACAAAGGCACAUGGCUACGCACUCUCCCGAGAAAACCCACAAGUGUAACUAUUGCGAGAAAAUGUUUCACCGGAAGGACCACCUGAAGAACCACCUGCACACGCACGACCCCAACAAAGAGACGUUCAAGUGCGAAGAGUGCGGCAAGAGCUACAACACCAAGCUGGGCUUCAAGCGGCACCUGGCCCUGCACGCGGCCACGAGCGGCGACCUCACCUGCAAGGUGUGCCUGCAGACGUUCGAGAGCACCGGCGUGCUGCUGGAGCACCUGAAGUCGCACGCGGGCAAGUCGGCGGGCGGCGUGAAGGAGAAGAAGCACCCAUGCGAGCACUGCGACCGCCGCUUCUACACGCGCAAGGACGUGCGCCGGCACAUGGUGGUGCACACGGGAAGGAAGGACUUCCUCUGCCAGUACUGCGCUCAGAGGUUCGGGCGCAAGGAUCACCUGACGCGGCACAUGAAGAAGAGCCACAACCAGGAGCUCCUGAAGGUCAAGACGGAGCCCGUGGACUUCCUGGAUCCCUUCACCUGCAACGUGUCGGUGCCCAUCAAGGACGAGCUCCUCCCGGUGAUGUCGCUGCCCUCCAGCGAGCUGCUGUCCAAGCCGUUCCCCAGCACGCUGCAGCUGAACCUCUACAACACUCCGUUCCAGUCCGUGCAGAGCUCGGGCUCUGCCCACCAGAUGAUCACCACCCUGCCUUUGGGCAUGACGUGCCCCAUAGACAUGGAUGCUGUCCACCCCUCCCACCACCUUUCCUUCAAGUACCCGUUCAGUUCUACCUCAUACGCCAUCUCUAUUCCCGAAAAAGAACAGCCCUUGAAGGGGGAGAUUGAGAGCUACCUGAUGGAGCUGCAGGGCGGCAUGCCCUCCUCCUCCCAGGACUCUCCAGCGUCCUCGUCCAAACUGGGGUUGGAGCCACAGCUCGGGUCCCUGGAGGACAGCGCGGGGGACCUCUCCCUGUCCAAAAGCUCCAUCUCCAUCAGUGACCCCCUGAACACACCAGCAUUGGAUUUCUCUCAGCUGUUCAAUUUCAUACCAUUAAACGGCCCUCCCUACAACCCGAUCUCGGUGGGGAGCCUGGGGAUGAGCUACUCCCAGGAGGAGGCACACUCUUCCGUGUCUCAGCUCCCCCCGCAGAGCCAGGACCUGCCGGAUCCUGCCAGCACCAUAGGGCUGGGCUCUCUGCACUCGCUGUCUGCAGCCUUCACCAGUAGUCUGAGCACGAGCACAACCCUGCCCCGUUUCCACCAGGCUUUCCAGUAGAGUCCCAGCGUGCGCAUUGACGGCCGAAACGUACGUGCAGCCCUGCCUUAGCUGACCAUUCUGGUUUUAGUGCCUACUUUAAGACAGUAUCAUAGUUUCUGCUUCUGUAUAGUACCAAUUUUCAUUAAGCCAGUAUAAAAUAGAAACUAGCUUUUUAAAUGAGCUUCAGAACCAUUUGUGUUCAGCUAUGUUUACCUGGGUAUUUUGUCCUGAUUCACUGCCAACUGUCAUAUUUUAAGACGAUUUCUCAUAUAGGAAAGCCAUUAUUAGCAGUCAAGUCUUACAAAUCCCAUGUUCUGACUUACUGUUGGAUCUUAAACUUUGCAUUUUUGUCCAAGAUCAGUGGCUCUACCUUUUGACAUUUGGCUCCUUAAAAAUAUUUUGCUACAGAAUGUAAGUUUUCUAAAACGUACGUGAAUGACCUGAGAGUUUAAAAAAAUUUUACUAGCCUCUAAAUGGAUUAAUAAGCAAAUGCUUCAAAUGAAUUUAGAAUCCAGUCUGGGAACAUAGCAUAUGUUUCUUAGAUAUUACCAUAAUUUCAGGUCAGUAUAUUUUGAAGACUUGCUAUUGUCUGGCUCAAAUGUUUGCUGUCUUUUUCAUGCACGUGUAAGAAAAACAGAUCCUAGACACAAAGCGCACCAGUGUUUGUAGCAAACAGAGACCCCCUAGGAAGGUGACCCGGCAGUCCAUGUUACUUAAGAGUUGGCCUUAAAUUAGUACACAGGAUGUUUGCCACGCUUUAUCCUUGUUGCUGUCUUGCUGUUGCAUUCAUGCUAAUAGUCUAUGGCGUCAAGAGUCUUCAGCGUCAGUCUUUAGGUGCGUCUCUUUCAUCUUCUCCAUCUUUCAUGGUCAGAGGGUAGGUCGAGGACAGCCAGCCAUUUCCCUUGGCAUCUCACUACACAAUUGGUCCAGAGUCCAGAGCUGUUGGGGAACACAGGUGUGCUUAUCCCGGGGGUGGGGCAGUCCCAUCUUCUAGGGUGAGAGACCCCAGGCAGGCCUGCCACUCUGCUAGGGACUUGUGUGGGGACCACAUCCCCUGUUGCCAGGGUGGAAAUGAGGGGUCAGGUCAUAGCAUAUCACUUACAUCACUUCUUGCUCCCUUUGAUUCAGUUUUCUCUCCCUGAGCACCAGAAGCAGAAAAGAGAACAACCUGCUCUCCAGCCACUGCCACCCUGCACUGUGGUAUCUUUCUCAUCAGUGUUAAUUCAUUUUCCCUGCUGUUUUUGGGCAGAGACUUUAAAGUUAAAUGCAUUCGAAAACUAUUUGAGGAAGGAUCACAAAAUUUAAGUGACUAAAAGAAAAUACUGUAAACCCUGCUUUUACAAGUCCCUGGGAAAGUGGGAGGAACAUCACAAAGAAGCUGAAUUCGCAGAGGGAGGGAGGAGAGCACAGUGAAACAAGCCCUGUCUUCAGUGAUGUGAAAAAUAACAGGAGCAUGGUGUUCCGUGAAUACAGUAGUAAUCACAGGCUUUCCUCGCUUUAGACAGCCAGCACAUUUUCUCAGAGGUCAAACUAUUAUGCUAUUUUUCCAAUAAUCGGUUGGGGGCAUCAACCUAAGAAACAUAUCUUACUAAGCACUUGUUAACACCUUAUUUGGGGACCCUGUCUGUCGGGGUGGGUUUGAGGAGGGAGGGUUUAUAGAAGAGUAUAUAUCUCUUUAAAAAAAAAAAAAAUAUUUCUGAGCACUCAUGAGCCCUGUGUGGAAGCUUCUCUUCCCUUUGACAGGGCCAGCUAUCACUGCGGAUCUCCAUGUUUACCAAGAAGUUCUAAAGAUGAGUGCAGAUUACUGAAUAUAAUACGUUAUUUAAACUAUUGGGGAGUAGUAUAAUUUGUGGAGAGAUGUAAAUUGUAAUAAUGUAAAUGGGGGUUUCACUAUAUAUGAUAUAUAUGUACACACACGUGUAUCGCACUUCAUAGAAUCAGAGUUGCUCUCGUACGGAGCUUUGGCUCCAGUAUUUUUAUCAUGCUCCUAUUUGUUUUGUUUUUUUUAAAUCCCAGGAGCAGUAGUUUUUAUACGUAUGUAUUUAAAUUUUAUUAUUAAAAGUUACAUUUUAUUAAAAAAAAAAAGUGUGUUCCAAAGGCAUUAAAAUUAUAUAUGUUAAUAAGGAAAUACAUUUAAAAAUUUUUCAAACUGCUCCUGAGCGUUUGCCUAGGAGACUGUUUGCUCUCAAAGUAGGCUUUUAGCUCUGCUGUGUUGCGGCCCGCUUUAGUUUCUAUGAAACAGAUUGCUUACUUAAAUCAUUAGUUGAAUGAUUAGUGUUCAAUAUUGCUUUAAUCACCGUUGAGAGGAAAAGAAAAAAGAAAAGAAAAAAAAUUUUGGUGACAGAGCACAAAUAAAUAGAAAACCUGUUUUUAAAUAGAAAUCACGAAUCACAAGUGUGGAAGCACUACUUUAUUUUUGCCUAAAAUUUGCUUAAAGAGAAGUCAGAUGAACGAACUGAGAUGUUGGCCUUUUGGUGGGCUGUAUUUCACUGCUAAUAAAAAAGUAAAAAGGGAGUACCAGGAUUUAUUAAAUAAAGCAUUUUGGAAAUGGGGAAUGGCGCCAUGUAGGUGUAUAUAUAUAUAUUUAGCCUAAUUCUCGCCCGGCAUACCUUCCAGGGCACCAGGGCUGAAAUUGUGGACUCUAUUUUCACAUGUACACACCCCUUUGCCUGUUGCUUUCCCACAGACUUGAAAUCACACUUCCAAGUAAGAGGGAAUUCAGCUCAUUCAUUUUUUAAACUGACUGUAGUGGUCACUAAACCCCCUUUGAGAGAAUCUCUAUUAAACAUGAGGUAGACUCAUUUUAUUUUAAUUGCACAAUGGUCUGACAAGGCUGUAACACCAAACUGGCUCUUUUUUUUUUUUUUUCCUUAAAAAGAAAAUUGACACUUUCGAUGUCAACUGGAUGUGAUUAAAAAUAAUGAUUGCCAAUUCUGUUUUCUUUCAUUCUCCAGUGGCCAGAAUCAUCAUCCUCGAAAUUUCUAGUGGUGCCUUUGCUUGGGUUGGUUGGUUGGUUUGUUUUUUAAAGGGAUUGUUAUUAAGUAAAAAUAUCUCAGUUUAGAAUUUGGACCUCAGACAAGAUAUUGAACCUCAUUCAGUUUGACCUUCCACGUGUUUGUACAAAUUAAGAUCACCAGAUACUGAAGUUUACGAGCAUGGAAGGAUACUGACACUAUAAGCAAUAUUCUCCACGGAUGGACCCAAACAUCACCUUGAUAGCUACUGGUCACUGCUACAACAUGCAUCUUACAACCCUGUUACCGAGUUUCCUUGUUCGUGUCCUGACUGAUCACGCGCUACUCUUUGUGCAACUUGUUAAUUUCAUGUAGGUGUUUCUUCCAAACUAUGUAUUUUUGCGGAUGUGUUGCUUGUGUUUUAUUCUUCUUCGUCACUUGUGCAACAUAGUGAUAUAUUGUGUUAAUUUGGACAGUAGCGGUUUUUAAAAACCAUAUACUGACUGAAAACAUGAGCCAGAGCUGACUGCUUUAUUAAGCUAAUAAUGAAUGUUAAAGAGUACAUAUUUUCAGGAUUAUUCAUCUAGUAAGCAAUACACAUAUAUAGGCCAAUAUUUUUUUAAAAAAUAGAGCUUGGUCAGCCUCUAUACUACACAUAUUACAAGAUAUAGCACUUUCAAAACGAAUCUAAACCUUUACAGAAAAACUUUCUUAUAGGUUAUGCCUUUUAUUUUAAGACUUAUUAUAAUUUGUUUCAAGUGCCAUUAGAGGAUAGAUAUAUAGGCCUUUGAUAUAUAAUGCUUUGUGUUCAAGAAUGGUAGACGGUAUUUUAAACAGGUACAGUUUUACAGUGUUUUCUUAUCAAUUUGCUAUAUUGCACAGAAUCAGUGUGUGUCUUUUCAUAAGGUUUUACAAUGGUUUAUUUUUUUACAAGGUUUACGUGUCUCAAAACACACUGUCUUCCCAGUAUGUAAGUUAAAAUACAAAAAAAAAAAAAAAAAAAUAUUCACCCAAGUUGCUUCCAGCCUACUGAGAUCCAGGUGACAUUGGAGGAGAUCUUUUAGACGUCAUGUAUUCUUCAUUAGCAAUGGCAGACUGUUACCUCUGAGAAAUGAGUGCCUACGUUGAGACCUUGUCUUAUUUUUCUCACACUGUGUCAGCAGCCAUGUCAAUCACACAGAUAGUCUGUGGUCAUCCCAUAGAUCCAUGUUAAGCUGUGUUGUGUAGCUCUGUGCUGAGAACCCAUGCAGAGCUCCUUUCUGAUCCUAUAUACAUCCAGAUGAUACGACCCACAAUGGGCAAGGCACGUUCCUAUCACCCCUGGCCCUUCUGCAAUAUUGUCAACCCUCUGAGGACGGAAGGCAGUGUCUUUUGAUAAGUUACCUAACUUAGAAAGGACAGAACUAUUGCUAAUGUGUAAAACACUUCAUUGUAUAAGCUUCAGUGGUACAGAUGACCCAGAAUGAAUGUGUAUCUUCUCAGAAACACUCCUUCAAUAUUCUGUUGGAUCAUGCUGCUAAUGUAACUUGGGAUACAACUCUUCAUGGUGCUACAGACUUCUCUGUCUCGUUCAGUCGUAUUUUUUUUUAUCCAUAGGAAAAAUAAAAAGGACUGUGUUAGGUGUAAAGGUGUACAAUAUAUUUUUAUACUGUGACUUCAUUUGUCUUUAACAAGACUUUUACACCACCCACCACAAUGUAUUCAUGUGCACUUGCAAAAGGAAACCUUGGACGUGCAAAUGUUAUACCAGAACAAACCCAGCUUUGUCCACAAAGGUGACCGUGACUCGGAAAGAAACACGGGCUUUAUAAUACGGUGUGGAGUGAAGAACGUGCUGUACGUUACUAACAGCCCUUUGAAUUUAACAAAAACUGGGCAUCCAUUCGGAAAUGGAUUGCAUCAUGCCUGAACAUAAGCUGGACUGCUGAAAUUGUAUUUUUAGCUAACGAAAAAGUGUUUGGACUAGUACUCUAAAAAUGUUCUGAUGAUAAAGUUUUGAGUCAAAAUAGAAAAGAGAAACUGCAUUCCAGGCUGCAUUAUGUAUAUUUUUAUUGCAUUUAAAAUUCGCUCUUCUGUGAUACCGGGAAAUCAAGUGGCUUAUCCUGUAUAUCAUGUACUUAAAAUGUAUUCACAAACUACUGUUGUGUUUGUAUAAAAUAUAGACAAAGAUCAUAUUUUCUGUGUGUGUAUAAGCUCUGUAAAAUAGCAAUCACAUUAUGAAGCUGCAGCGAGACUACAUUUUAAACAUCCACAUCCAAAGAAGCAGGCUAUUUAUUGUCCAGUUACCCAGUUAUAAAAUAUUCAUUUGCUGCUAAUUAAACAAUAGUACUGCAGCUUCUCAUGGCCUACAGUGUUAUGUUUGCUGUAAGAAAAAGAUAUGUGAACUCCACAAAAAUAUAUGAAUAAAAAUUAUAGAAUGGCUUUAGAUAA